AGUGACUAGUCUCCGCAUCGACAUUCAGAACUUGCGAUGCUCCAAUCUAGCUGAUACUUGUCAAACAAGAUGCUGCCGUGUACUACAUGCUUCUGGUGCUCUUAUUUCCUUCGGCUGCAUCAGCCUUCUGCACACAGCCGCAUCAAUGCCCAUGGCGUUCGCUCCCACCGCACAGCUCUCUGCCGAAGCGAAUACGCAAAGGUGGUGACUGUCCCUCAGUGGAAUUCGCGAAGACUAGCUCGAGCAUCGACGGACUUCAGACACACGGGCAGACGAGAGAGUCGUCACAAAGGCGCUGGAACGCCUCAACUGUAGAGUAGACGAGUCACGAUUGCUCUGUAUCAGGCAAGAUGUAGAUUACAGACGGUGGACAGCCGCUUUGAAUACAUUAUA